AUGAAUUAAUAUGAAUAUAUGAACAGAAUCCUAUAAAACUAGUUAGCCAAUUACCCAAUUUAACUCUGGUUAUAAUAUUAACCCAGUAUGUUUUAAUACAGUAUAAAUAUCAUCUAGCUAUAAUUAGUUCCUUAAAUCUAUUGUUUUGAACUGACUUAAUAAAAUAAAGAGAUAAAAGGUGUAAAUAGUAAUAGCAAUGGAACAACCAAAUAGGAAUUAUAAAAUUAAAGCUGUUCAAAGUUACCUUAAUUAUUGGAAGAGCCUUUAUGUAUUAAAAAUGAAACAGAAAGAGAAAUAAAAGAGAAUAAGCUUAAUGGUAUUGAAAUUCAUCCAAUUUAUUGUUUAGGACAUUGGACGAAAGAAGAACAUGGAUUUUAUCUUGAAUUUGUUAAUAAUCACUUUGAUAUUUUGAAAUCAAAAUAUGCUAAAAAAUCCAAAAAGAUUUUUAAACUCAUGAGCUAAUUCAUACCAUCAAGAACUCCUACAUAAUGUAGAUCACACCAUCAAAAAUUUAACCCACUUUAAUCUAGGCUAAAGAAGAACAAUUUGAAAUAGAUGAAAUAUUGA